UAAUUUCCCUCCAUGUACUUACUACCCACACCUCCUCAGUCUAUCUAACCAGCGUUUAAAGUUUCUUCCUUUUUCUCCUCCUCCUCCUCCUCCUCCUCCUCCCUUAGUGCUUGCGUUUGAUUUAACAUGUGUUGUUGUACGUGAAAAAAGAGGGAAGAAUUGGCAGAAUAGCUGUUUGUUUCUCUCAGGGCUUGAGAAAUUAGAGCACCGUGCAAGAGAUCGUGUGACGUAGGACUGGUAAUGGCUAAGGACCUGCAAGUGCUUAAUGCUCUUGAUGUUGCCAAAACACAAUGGUACCAUUUCACAGCAAUUGUGAUCGCUGGCAUGGGCUUUUUCACUGAUGCAUAUGAUCUCUUUUGCAUCUCUCUUGUGACCAAACUGUUGGGCCGCUUGUACUACUACAAGGAAGGCUCUCAAAAUCCUGGCUCUCUGCCUUCAAAUGUCUCGGCUGCUGUUAAUGGUGUUGCCCUUUGUGGAACCCUUGCAGGCCAGCUCUUCUUUGGCUGGCUCGGUGAUAAAAUGGGCCGCAAACGUGUCUAUGGCAUGACCCUGAUGCUUAUGGUCAUUUGCUCAAUUGCCUGUGGCCUUUCCUUCGGGAAAAAUCCCAAUUCUGUUAUGGCUACAUUAUGCUUCUUCAGGUUCUGGCUCGGCUUUGGCAUUGGAGGUGACUACCCGCUUUCUGCCACUAUCAUGUCUGAGUAUGCUAACAAAAAGACCCGUGGAGCCUUCAUCGCUGCAGUGUUUGCAAUGCAAGGUUUUGGAAUUCUGGCCGGUGGGAUGGUUGCUAUUAUAGUUUCAGCAGCUUUCAAGGCCAAAUACCCUGCCUCAGCUUAUCAUGUUGAUCCAGUUGGUUCCACUCCUCCAGAAGCUGAUUAUGUUUGGCGAAUAAUUGUAAUGUUCGGUGCAAUCCCAGCUGCUCUUACUUAUUACUGGCGCAUGAAAAUGCCUGAAACUGCUCGAUACACUGCCUUGGUUGCAAGGAAUGCCAAACAGGCAGCUGCUGAUAUGUCCAAAGUUUUGCAGGUUGAGUUGGAAGCAGAUCAGGAGAAAAUUGAGGACAGAGGACGAGAAAAUGAUUUUGGGUUGUUCUCUAUGCAGUUUGUUCGCCGUCAUGGGCUUCAUUUGGUUGGAACCACAACCACUUGGUUCUUGCUAGAUAUUGCUUUCUACAGCCAGAAUCUAUUUCAGAAGGACAUUUUCAGUGCCAUUGGUUGGAUUCCUAAGGCAAAAGAAAUGAGUGCCCUUGAUGAGGUAUUUCGAAUUGCGAGGGCACAAACUCUUAUAGCUCUAUGCAGCACUGUGCCAGGGUAUUGGUUUACCGUGGCUUUCAUUGAUAAGAUCGGGAGGUUCGCAAUUCAAUUGAUGGGGUUUUUCUUCAUGACUGUCUUCAUGUUUGCCUUGGCCAUUCCUUACCAUCACUGGACCUUAAAAGCCAACCGAAUUGGGUUUGUUGUGAUGUACUCCCUUACAUUUUUCUUCGCCAAUUUUGGUCCAAAUGCCACUACAUUCGUGGUCCCUGCAGAGAUUUUCCCGGCAAGGCUAAGGUCAACAUGUCAUGGUAUAUCAGCUGCAGCCGGAAAGGCUGGUGCAAUAGUUGGGGCAUUUGGAUUUCAGUAUGCAGAAAAGGGUGUUGGAGUAAGAAAUACACUCAUAAUCCUCGGUGUGGUCAACUUUCUUGGAAUUGUAUUUACAUUCUUAGUGCCUGAAUCAAAAGGAAGAUCAUUGGAGGAAAUGUCUGGUGAAGCUGAGGAAGAACAUGGAGCUGCUACAGACCCAAGGAAGUUGGCUGGUCAAGACCUUAGAACUUAAGUGUACCCCCCUUAACUCAGCCUUCUCUUUAUCUGACCUGUCCAGUAGAAUUCGUGAAAAUUUCACUGGAAAAGUACGUUUGUGUAUGUAAGCGCUUACAUAUCAUCUGAGGUGCUGCUCUUUUUUAGUCUAAAUAUGGAAUAAGCACUUUUCACGUUGGUUGCUUUUCUUGCUUUGUGCUACUAUGGUCUUUGUUGUAGGAUGAAAUUAUGUCUUCUUCUUUUUUUCUUUUUUUUGUUUUAUCUUUGCAAUACUGCAAUUGGAAGUAUAAAAGAAACCUUUAUGUAUA